AUGAUCGCGCAAAGCGACGAGCCGUCAAAGCUGGGCGUCGCCGAUGAUGUUGCGUUGGCUGAGGCCGUGCGACGCGAGCAUGGCUUGACGUUCUGGGAGGCAGUGAAACUAUACCCGACCGCUGUCGGCUGGUCGGCGUUCGUCUCGAUAGGUGUAAUCAUGUUGGCUUUUGAUCCUCAGAUCGUUGGGAAUAUGUUUGCCAUGCCCCAAUUCCAAAAGGACUUUGGGUUUGAGCUUGACGGUGAAUAUGUCAUCUCGGCCGCGUGGCAAACUGGUCUGUCGCUGGGGAAUCCCAUCGGACAAGUCGUUGGCGCAUUGUUCUCGGCCUAUCCCUUGGAGUUGUUCGGCCGCAAGUGGACUUUUUUCGGUUGCAUCCUCCUGACGGCAUGUCUCGUCUUCAUCCAAUUCUUCGCGCGCUCCCUGCAGGCCCUACUUGUAGGAGAACUGCUGGGCGGGCUCGUGCUGGGAUGCUUCGUCGUUAUCGGCCCAACUUACGCCUCUGAGGUCUGUCCCAUGGCACUCCGUGGAUUCCUGACCAGCUACACCAAUCUUUGCUUCGUUACGGGGCAACUUCUCGGAAAUGGGAUUACGGCUGGAACGGCCUCGAUCGAAAACCAUUGGGCGUAUAGUAUACCAUUCGCGCUGCAAUGGUUCUGGGUUGUGGUCAUCAUCCCCGGAAUCUUCUUCAUCCCAGAGUCGCCGUGGUGGCUGGUGCGAAAAGGUAGAAUAGAGGAUGCCAGGGACGCGCUGCGCCGAUUAUCAUCCUCAAAAGUAAACGUCGACGCCACAUUGGCCGUCAUCGCCGAAACAGAUCGACUCGAGCUGGAGAUGGAAGCAGGCAGUACUUACCUAGACACUAUAAAAGGAAUAAAUCUACGGCGGACCGAGAUCUCUACCGGCGUGUAUACGACGCAGGUCCUGAGCGGCAUCUACUUGAUUAACUACGGGACUUAUUUCUUUGAGCAGGCAGGACUGCCGACUCAAGAUGCAUUUUAUAUGGGCAUUGGGUUUUUGGGUGUGGGUUGGGUCUGCACUGUGCUAUCCUGGUUCCUCAUGGCUCGCUUCGGCCGAAGACGCAUAUUUAAUAUCGGAUUGUCUGUUCUUAUCCUUCUAAUGUUCAUAAUCGGUAUCCUGGACAGCAUCCCUGGUCGACCUUCGGGUGUAGCUUGGGCCGAAAGCUCGCUCAUGCUGAUUUGGAACGGUGUAUACGACCUGUCGGUCGGACCUAUCACCUUUGUGAUUUUAGGAGAGUGUUCCGCCACUCGUGUCCGAUCCAAGACGAUUGCGGUGGCUACAGCGAUACAAGCCGUCUUUGGGAUCGCAAUGACGGUUGCCAUUCCAUAUAUGAUCAACCCAGCAGAGGCGAACAUGCAGGGUAAAUUGGGAUAUUUCUUUGGUGGGUUGGGAAUUCUCUGUCUGGUUUGGUCCUACUUUCGGAUCCCCGAAACGAAAGGGAGAACGUACGAAGAGCUGGAUAUUUUGUUCGAUAGGAAGGUUCCUGCUAGGCAGUUCAAGGGAUAUCAAGUGGAUGUUACUGCUGUACCGGGCGAGAGCUGA